UUGUACUUGACCUUGAUGGGUCACAUCAAGGUUACUCUUCCAAAUGCCCAGGCAUGGUGACGACGAUUAUUCAAGGAGCAGCCGAAGAAGACGUUCGCGAUCUCGCUCGCCAGUUUUGCAUCGCAGGGCAUUCUCUACCACGUUGGAUGGUUCAUUGUCCAAUAACACGGAUGCGUUGGCAAACGCAGCCUCUUUGCCACCUACCUCCUUGAUGGGAUCACUUUUAGCACAGGCCAAGGCAGCAGAAGAGGCUAAGGCCGCAGCCGCAAAAGCGGCCGCAGGGAAGUCUCCAUCAGUAGGAUCUAUGACAGCCAUUGCGAGUGCUGCUGCAGACAUGAUCAAGGCUGCAAGGAGCGGUAACCCAGGAGUUUCUGGUAUGGAAGGUGCUCUAGUCAUCAACGAUACUUUGGACAAAGAUGCAGAGCAGCGGAGGCUUGAUAUCGAAAUGCAGAAGCGCAGGGAGCGCAUCGAACGUUGGCGGCGGGAACGGAAGUUGAAACAAGAUAUACUCUCAGUGCAACAGCGGAUAGUAGAGACUACCAGACAUCCGCGCUCACGCAAAUGGAAUCUAGAAGAUGAUGACGACGAGGAAGAUUCGUCCAAAAAAGUGACACAGAAUGUGCAAGAACCUGAGGAGGAAGUCGACCCCCUUGAUGCCUUUAUGCAGAGUGUGAACGAGGAGGUCAAGCAGUACACUGAACCAAAGCCGUCUGUCACCACCAAACCUCCCAUUGCCAAAGAUGCUGACAAACCUGGCCAGAAACUGAAGUCAGAACUCAAUCUGAAGCCGGCAAAGAAACGAGAGGUCGGCAAAGGCGAGUUGAUGGAGAGCAAUAUGGACGAAAUGGAAUACUCUUCUGAGGAGGAAGAGGAGACGUUGGAAACUGCGCUUGCGCAGUUGCAGAAAAAAGAAAAGCUUCUACCUGUGAAUCACACGGUAAUUGAAUACAAACCGUUUCGGAAGAACUUCUACAUCGAAGUCCCAGAACUGGCCAAGAUGUCCAAAGAAGAUGUCAAAGCGUAUCGAGCAAGUCUGGAAAAUAUACGAGUGCGAGGUCAAGACUGCCCGAAACCGCUGAAGAAUUGGGUGCAGGCUGGUAUCAGCGCCAGACUGCUCGCCUGCCUAAAAAGAAACAAAUUCGACAAGCCUACUCCCAUUCAGUGUCAGGCUCUACCGGUCAUCAUGUCUGGCCGAGACAUGAUCGGCAUAGCCAAAACUGGGAGUGGCAAAACUCUCGCCUUCCUCGUCCCUCUAAUGCGACAUCUGGAAUACCAAGCUCCUCUUGAGUCUGGUGAUGGACCCAUCGCCCUGUUGUUGACUCCGACCCGCGAGCUAGCCCUGCAAACAUUUAAGGAGGCAAAAAAAUUGUGUCAGGCCACAGACACUAGGGUCGCUUGCGUCUAUGGGGGCACUGGAAUCAGUGAGCAAAUCGCCGAGCUCAAACGCGGAGCGGAGAUCAUCGUCUGUACUCCCGGGCGCAUGAUCGACAUGCUUGCUGCAAACGGAGGCCGAGUCACGAAUCUGCGGCGUUGCACUUACGUCGUAUUGGACGAGGCGGAUCGCAUGUUUGACCUCGGCUUCGAGCCGCAAGUGAUGCGCAUUGUGGAGAAUUGCCGGCCAGAUCGUCAGACACUCAUGUUCUCAGCCACAUUUCCCCGUCAAAUGGAACUACUUGCAAGGAAGGCACUCACAGCACCCAUCGAAAUCCAAGUUGGCGUCCGCUCGGUUGUGUGCUCCGAUGUCGAACAACACGCUAUGGUUUUAACUGAGGAUGAGAAAUUUUACAAAGUGUUGGAGUUGCUUGGUCUCUACCAGGAGUCUGGGAGCGUGCUCAUCUUCGUCGAGAAGCAAGAAAGUGCCGACGAACUGAUGCGCGUCCUACUCAAAUACGGCUAUCCUUGCUUGUCCCUCCACGGCGGUAUCGAUCAGUACGACCGCGACUCGGUGAUCACAGAUUUCAAGCGAGGGAAUAUUCGCCUGCUCAUCGCCACCUCAGUCGCAGCCCGUGGACUCGACGUGUCGGAGCUGUUGCUGGUUAUCAACUACGAUUGUCCGAACCACUACGAAGACUACGUCCAUCGUUGUGGACGCACCGGUCGAGCUGGGAACAAAGGAUUUGCGUACACAUUCCUCACUCCUGAUCAAGAACGCAAUGCUGGCGACAUAGUUCGCGCUUUCAGACACAGCGGACAAAAACCACCGGAUGAUUUGAUGGCGAUGUGGAAUGCCUACAAAACACGCAUGGCUGCUGAGGGAAAGAAAGUGUUCGGCUCCUCUGGGUUUCGUGGCAAGGGCUUCAUGUUUGACGAGGCUGAGGCUCAAUUGAACACGGAGAAACGAAAAGCACAAAAGGCUGCUUUGGGCCUCCAAGAUUCAGACGACGAGGAAAUCGACCCGAACAGUCAGGAUUGGGAGACAAGGAUUGAAGAUAUGUUGGCCAGCAGACGCAAGGUUACCGAUGUGGCCAAAAGCGCGCUUGCCGAGUCCGCGGAGGCGAGGUACGUGUUCCAUUGUAUACUCUUGUCAGGCAGCUGUCUGAUCAAGCCAUGUUGUUCUGUUCGCAGUCGUAUUGAGGAGCACUGGAUUUAUUGGUCUCUGUACACAACCACUGUGAUGUAUUUAGUAUUUGCACAAAAUCACGAGGUGCAUCAUCAUUACAAGGUAACGUCUCUCGAAUUGGAGACACUGCUAAAUGUGACCACAGAUUGGUCACCAGGAGGCAAAGGUUAGUAGUCGGCUGAUGUCACUGAGUCGAGCUGUUUUAAUAUAAGAUUUGCUCAAUUGAAAGAGAAACGCAAUUGGGUGCUGUACGAAAUAUUGUGCGCCUCUUUGGCUACUUUGUCAUAGUCGAUCGUUCGUCAUCCAAAUUUCAUUAUUAUAUUUACUAAUGCAGUAUCGCGCUUCAACGCAAUUCAGUGUUUAGUGUCAAGUCACUGGGGACUGCUUAGACCGGCCCUGUGGUGUCAUUUAAGAUGCCUAGCACCUGAAAAAGUUAGUUUGUUCAGUACUUGUGAUUUGACGCCUAUCUCAUGGUAUUCUGCAAGCAGAGGAAUAUAUUUUUUAGAAACUUUGUCCAUUUGGUCACAAUGAGGCAACCGUGUGUUCCGAAUGACCAACGCCGUCUGUCUAUCUGCCCAACGAAUUUCACUGUGUCGUUGAUUGGUCACUAACUGCCUAUGCCGCUCCUUAGUAUGGAGCGGCUACAUUACUCAGCCGUUUUCAUUCAAUGUGGUUUUCCAAAUUUGACCUAGUUUGAUUAAUGUACCAUUCUCACACUCUUUGGGAUUUGUGUUCCUCUAGCGCACAGUCCGGUGCUAAUCCACUGAGCGCCGCGUUGGCACUGGCUCGUCAAAAAGCGGCUCAGCUGGGACUGUCGAAAAACCUGGGUGCUGCUGCGACCGCCGCUCGGGCGGAUGCGGCACAAGCUACUACAAUCGCUGUGCUUUCUGGUAAUGCUCCCUCUGCAAAUCUUGGACCUGCGAGCGCUGGUGCAGCGGCCGCUGCAGCUGCGGCUGCCGCCGCCGUUGGAUCGGGCAUCACUAGCAGCCGAACGUUGGCAGAACAGGCUGCUGAACGUCUGAAUGCCAAACUGGGCUACUCAAAACAAGCCGGCCAGUCGGGUACAGGUGAAGAUGAAGCUACCCCAACUGCCGGAAGCGAUGUGGUUCGAAGGUGGGUUACUCUAACCAAAUAAUAGUAUCUGACAAAUAGUCCAGCCAAUCCGUAAUUAGGUCGAGGCAUCACAUGGCAUAAUGGGUGCUUCUUCUGAAGCCUAACGUUCGCGCCGAAAUAACAGCAUUUCCGUGAGCACCUAAAUUUUCCUUGGUAUCACAGUUUUUGAUUUUCGGUUUAAUCAGAAUGCACUUUCCCAUCUGAGUGCCAUUAAUUAGUUGAUCACAUUGGCAUAUUUGUCAUCAUGUCUUACUCAAACUAUUUAAGAUACGUACGAUCCUUAGUUCGCUGUGUGAUACGAUCGACAAUGAGGCAUACUAAUAGAAGUCAUAGGGAAACUGUUUCCGAUACCGCCCUGCUGUUGCGUUUCUGUGGUCACAUGGUGUUCACAAAUUUUAAGCGUCUUGAUACCGAGUGUUCCCUUAAUGCUACGGAACCCGCGGCAGGUGUCUUUUUACCACUUUUGUAAUUCCGUAUUACCUGGGUACUUUCCCUGAACUGCAUCUACCGCUGCUGCUAACUUCACACAUUCUUGUCCUUUCAGAUUUGAAGAGGAGCUGGUGAUAAAUGACUUUCCGCAGAGCGUGCGCUGGCGUAUCACCGGACGCGAAAUGCUCAAUCACCUGAAUGACUUCUGUGACGUCGGCGUGUCGGUGCGUGGAGUUUAUAUGCCACCGGCAAAGGCCAAAACGCACGUGCCCGAGGGAUCGGACGAUCGACCCUUGUACUUGUGUAUCGAAGCAGUCAGCGAGCGGGAGAUUGCCAUCGCCAAGAAGGAGAUCAUGCGUGUGAUAAAAGAGGAAAUGCUAAAACUGGUAUGCCGCAGACACCUGUGCCCGAAGUUAUUUUCUCCUCUUGUGCUUGGCUCACGUUUGAGCGUUUGUUGCCACUUUCUGUCGGCUUUGUGCGUAUGAAUUCAGGUAUAUCCCGUCGUAUGACGCAAUCACUUAGUGGUCGAUUUCACCAGCCAUGUCAGAAGCACAGUGAUGUGGCUAUCGGUUGAGUGCCUGUGCUUAAAGUGAGGAGGUAUGUGUUGUGCUUUGUCGCUGUAGUCGGGGGGCUCAUUUAAGUGACGGGUAUGUCUUGAUGUUAUUAUUCCUACUCUGGAUGAGCUAGCAAAGCGCUCACUCAUCUGAUACAUCCGUUCUGACGACUAGAUCCAAAAGGCUACUGGUCGUUGCUUUGGGGGCGGGGCGGAGUGCAGGGUAAUUAUGUCGCUUUUGAGAAGGCCCAUCACAGCCCGACGAUAGCUAAACGUCUGGAAAAUCACGGGACGGCCGUUUGAUUUCAGUGGGACUCAUCAGUAGCGUACAUCAGCCGGAUCCGACUCUAUGACGUCACUCGUAUAACCCACAGGUGAUAGUGGCGGAUCGCUAUGACUGAUAUAGCGUGGCUCAUUUCCUACUGAGUGCAGAACAUAGGGUUAGGCCCCAGAGCUACGGAUUCCUUUGCAAGCUGUCACCUAUGACUCUGGGUCUUAAGUCGCGGGUUCGGAUCCAGCGGGACCCGGUGGAUGUGCGCUACUGAUGGGUCCCAACAGAACGAGACGCUCGUCUAGCUAUUUUCUGGAGGCGUGUUGACUGUUCGACUGCUAGGAACCCUCACAAAAAAUAAUAAAUCCCUCUACUGCUAAAAUAGAGCGGGCUAUCGCUUUGUCUACCUAUGGUGCCUCCGAAUCAAUCAUGAUUCCCAUCAUCUUGCAUCGCAUCGUAUUUGGUAUGCGUCAGUGGAGCUGUAACGAUUCACACCCCUAUUAGCAGACGAGUCCCGAUUAAUCGUUCUGUGUAGAAGCUAUUAGUGAUACAAUUACCUAUGGGGAAAACUAUGAACGUCUUAAAUAAAUAAAUGCGGGGCACACCUGCUAGCCGAUUCGCACUGUGUAUGUCAUCAGUGUACCUCAGUGCACCCGUACGGUGUUAUUUUUUGUCAUCGGUUCAUAAUACCGCCGCGUCCUUAUUCUGAAUCGAUUCGUGACGUCCCAUGUCCAAAUCCGGUCUGGAAUUUCUGAUCGUUUCUCACAUUGAUCGUUUUCCCUUUCAGCAAUCUGGAACCGCUUCUAAUCGUGGGCGCUACAAAGUUGUAUAGGAUGCUCGUGGCCCCAGAGUGCUUCACCGUGUACAUAUUGUCGAUCGAUCGCCCCGCGCUGUGAUGGAUGCUCCAGCCUCACCACCUGUCCCCAUUGUAUACUUCUUUGAAUCCACACACUUCACAGUGUUGCUCCACAGUUUGCUUCUUAGUGCACUGAGACCCGUUGUCACAAAUGUAUCAGUUAUUUUGC